ACAAGUCAAGAAACCAUUUUCUUUUCUUUAUUCACAUUCAAAUCUGACUGCAAAUUUAUUGCUUCCCCAUAUUUUCUCAUCCACAAACUCCCAAUUUCCAAUUCAUUUUCACUUAAUCAGAUCAAAACCCACUUCAUUUUCUGCUUAAUUUUCAAUACUUUCCUUUUGAAGAUCAAAAUUCCUCACCUGCUCCUCGUUUUCUUCUGAUUCUGUUUUUCAGAUUCAAAGAGAAUGAUCGGCGUCGAUUCUCAUCAUCACUCCCAAUCAGAUGAAGAUUGUAGAAAUGAAGAUGGAAUCUCAAGCUUGGUGAAAUCAGCAGCAAGAAAAGAGAAAUCUGAGUUUAGUUUGGGUGUUAUUUCGUCGUCGUCGUCUUCUUCUUCUUCAUCAUCAUCAUCAUCAUCAAGCUCUGAUGAGUCUACUCCUAGUUCCAUUUUAGAUUCGUCCCCAAAUUUCAUGAAGACCACUACUAGCUCAGAAGCGAGAAGGAACUACGAUCAGAAAUCACUGGCAAAUCGCUCUGCUUCAAAGCCUUCGAGAACUUUGGCGAGAAUGUCGAGUUCUAGAUUCAAAAGAACAUUGAUCAGAAAAGCUUCCGAUGAGCGAGAAUUGCAAUUUCCAGUAAGUUCCGGCAAAUCUAAAUUGGAGAAUCAGAAUAAUGGGCAAAAAAUUAGGGAUGUUUCUUCAGUUUAUUCAAAAUCAAAUUCGAUGAUCUCGGGGAUAAUGUUAACUAGAAAGCCAUCACUAAAACCUGUGAGGAAGUUAGCGAAAUUGGCUGCUUCCAAAUCUAAAAAAUGUUCCAAUAUGGAAAUAUCUGAGUUACAUCCAGAAUCUUGUGUUGAAAAGGCUACUUGUUCUUCGGCCUUCAAGGGUUCUAAGUUUCCUGAUAACAUUGAGCUCCAGCCAGGAGAAGAGAAAGAAUCUGAAAAACUUGCAGUAAAGAAGAUUUGUCCUUAUAGUUAUUGUUCCCUCCAUGGUCAUUCUCAUGGAAAUGCCCUUCCAUUGAAGCGUUUCAAGUCCAUAAGGAAACGUGCUUUGAGAGCUAACAAGAACAAGAGUGAGAGUGAACCGCCUUUUCGAGCCAAACAAUCUGGAAAUAGGAAGAAAGAUAUUCGAGCAAGCAAAAUGGUCAACAGAGAAGGAUCAAUAGCUAAUGAGAUGAUGAAUACAGGCAUGUCAGUAUCCGUUGCAGAGGAAGAAUCUGAUCUUAGUGUUCUUAGGGAAAUCAAUACAGGAAAAUUAUCCAAUACGAAAGACAAAUGUAAAUUAGAUACGGGUGAAUGCAACUUGAAGGACCGUUUGGGCUCUUCUGCUUUUGGUUAUGAGCAAAUGGAACAUCAGAGGGAAGCUGAUGAAAAUCUAAAGGAAGAUUUGGCAGUGGAAAUCGAUUGUCUAUCGCGUACGAGCUCCAGCUCUAGCAUCAGCUUAAAUAUUACAGCAGAAGUGCAGGAGAUAAAUCCAAAGUACAUCAGAAUGUGGCAGUUGGUAUAUAAGAAUGUAGUGGACAGCGAAUCCGAUAAUCUUGGUAAUGAACUACCUAUUCUUCAGGUGAAGGAAACAUCAAAGGAAGUUGACAACAAAUUGCUUGUUGAUACCAACUCCAGCUCCUUUAAGCUUGUCUCCAAUGUCAAUCAGGAACGAUCAGAUGCAUCUCCUGAUGCAGCAGCCUACAGAAAACUCGAGCUCUUCAAGAACGAAGCUGUUAAGCUAGUGCAAGAAGCUUUUGAUAGAAUCCUUCUCCCAGAGAUUCAAGAACAAUCAUCUCUUCCUCGUGACGAGAAUUCAGAAGAGAAGCUGUCGGAAACGGUUCCAGCUGAAGUUAGAGGAUCAAACCUUUUACUGUCUUCUUCCAGUACUCAUUCUUCAGGAGAGGUCCUUGCACAAGAUGUCGAAGAAACGGGAGCUAAAGUUGAGAAUGCAAUAUCUAUGGAGAAAAAGAAAACAAUGCCAAUUGAGAAUAGGAACCAAUCAGUACCUAAGAGAUGGAGUAACUUGAAAAAGCUAAUCCUUCUCAAGAGAUUUGUCAAGGCUUUGGAGAAGGUGAAAAAGAUUAACCCACAGAAGCCACGUUAUCUACCUCUCAAGCUUGACUCAGAAGGAGAGAAGGUUCAUCUUCAACGUCAAACGACUGAAGAAAGGAAAAACAGUGAGGAAUGGAUGCUUGAUUAUGCAUUACAACAGGUUAUCUCAAAAUUACAACCAGCUCAGAAGAAGAGAGUUUCUCUGCUUGUAGAAGCUUUUGAAACAGUUCUUCCAGUGCCUGGAGUUGAGGCUCACAUCAAGACCAAAGUAGCUUCUGAUGGAACCGAUAGAGAAAGUGAACUUCAAAACAAUGCUAAUAAUUCCUUUCUUGGGAAUAUUUUGAACAUGAAGAAUAUUGUCAAAGUGUCUGCAGGCCAAGCAAACAAUGUUACCAAGAUAGAAAACUGGAAUUCGAUGAUGCUCUCUAAUAAAAAUGAAGCGAACUUAGAACAUCUUGAGAAACCAGAACAAGAUCAAGCUGUUCAUGCAGUAGAAAAAGAGGUCACUGUAAAAGGAUCCUAUCCCGAGUCGGUCGAUAUAUGCUUGCCAGAGGUCAAAGAUGCCAUCUUAGACAGUGAGACCUCCAAGAAGCCAAAAGAUUCUAGCUAUCAAGAAGUUUCAGUGAAUGGAAAACUUCUAAAGAUUUCUAAAGAGGUAAUUUCACGUUUAAACACUGAACUACUUCAUAAUGAAAAUUCGGAGCCUGAUAAAAAACUAUCCAAAAAUGUUAGUUCGGUCAGUGUAACUGGUGAAGUAUCGGAUACAUUCAAAAGCCUUUCUUCAGAAGAAUAUAAGACAUCAGCAGCAGCUAGAAGCCUCACUUCCAAAGAACACGAGAAAUCAAUUGAAGUCGAUAAUUUUGGAAGUUCCACCUCAGCCUAUGAACUACUGGAAAAAACAAGGGCGGCUAUAUUCGAUAGAAGUCGAACAGCUCAUUCAGAACCCAGUUCCGCACAAGCAAGAUAUGUUCCUCCAGAGCAAAUCAAUACUGCUUCUGGCGUUGGUGAAGCAAAUGAAACACGGUUCGAGGGAAAGCAAAAUGCAAGCAUGUGGUUCUUGAUAUACAAGCACAUGGCUUCAAGCAUUGAUGCUGAAGAUUCUUCGAAGCCUCUGGUCAGUGAGGAGUCUGGCAAAGAUGAAAAGGAACUUUCUUCAAGAAAACAAAAUAUGGAAAUGGAAAACAGGUUUGUGAAUGAUCCAGAUGUGGAACUCCAAUGCAUUGAAGCCGUAAAGCUUGUAAAUGAAGCAAUUGACGAAAUUCCUCUUCCAGAAACACCUAACGAUGGAUCAUGCUCCGCCAACUUGAUUAGAGACCAAGCAUUAUUCCUAGAAGAGAAACGAGAUGCCUCUGAGAUAACAGACGGGAAAGGAGAAUUAUGUAAUACUACUGAUUCUAAUAUUGAAGAAGGAUCGGCGAAGUCUGUCGAUUUAAAUAGCCAGGAGGAUGAAAAAGAGCCAAAGUUGGGAAGCAAACACAAUCAGCAAGUUCUAAAGAAUUGGAGCAAUCUGAAAAAAGUGAUUCUUUUGAAGAGAUUUGUCAAAGCAAUAGAGAAAGUAAAGAAAUUCAACCCAAGAAAACCAAAUUUUUUGCCUUUGGUGCAAGAUGCAGAAUCAGAAAAAGUUCAACUGAGGCAUCAAGACACAGAAGAUAGAAAGAAUGCAGAGGAAUGGAUGCUUGAUUACGCACUUCAGCAGGCUGUGGCCAAACUGACUCCUGCUCGUAAGCGAAAAGUCGAGUUGCUCGUACAAGCUUUCGAGACGGUUAAUCCAACAAUCAGUAAGUGACAAUAACCUUAGGAUCAAUUCUGCAUUGCACUCAUUUGCACAUUUUUUUAUGCUGCAUCUUGUAAGACCAAAGAUCUUCUCGAUCUUUUUUCCUUUUAGUUCUUUUAUUGUAUAUUAUUUUUUUUCUUUUUGGUCUGCUGGAGAAAAGAGUUACUUCCAUGAUUUCUUGUGAUUUUCAAACGUUUGAAGUGUUGGAUUGUGAAUAUGAAGGGUAGCGUAAAUGCUUGUAGAUGCACAAGCUGAGUUGUCUGUUUCACUGUCUUGAUCAUUCUUUGCUUGUUGUAAAAGCUUAAAAAUUAUUAAGGAAAAAGAGCAAUAUUUUACUUUGA